AUGUUCGAAAAAUUAAAAGACGUUUCUUUCCCACAAGGAACAGUUUCUCCUUGGCCAUCAAAUCUUGCCGUAUGCUGGCUAGAUACAAGAAAUAUAACUUAUGUUGCUAUCAUACAAUCAAAUAAUGUGAGUGUCAUUUAUUAGUUAUUAAUCUCCCUUGGAUACUUGGAGUCCGUUUCAUCAUUAUCCGUGAAGGUUUUACAUGAUGCGAACAGAAUCAAUCAAUAUUCUCCGUCAAUCGAAGUUUUAGAAUAGACACAGAUUGAAUUACAUGACUGUAUUGUCUAUUUUACUGGUCUUUUAUUGUAAAAAAUAAUGUAAAGAACAUUGCAAAACGUGUUUUUCGGCAUGAUCAGGCUUGGAAAAAACAUAAACGGCUUCAGAUACAUAUCGGCAACUGGGACAACAAAAUUGAGUCGGAAGUAAUAUGGGAAACAAUUGUUACUGCCGAGCCAACUGCUAAUGACCAAAUUAUUGACGUCACAACGGUGAACAAAUUCAGCAAAUUUCAUUUUUAACGUUCUGUAAUAUAGAUAGGACUUGUUCACCCCAACGCUAGAAACUUUCCUAUCGUUGUUGUUGGAUCUUCAAGAUUCAUUCAAAUUUAUGAUGUAAGGAAAACGCAACAGAAACCACUUUUUUCUAUAACACUUGGAACUGCACUCAAAGAUUUCGUACCGACUGUUGGAAUAGAUGUAGGACCAUACUGCAGAGGUGUUUCUUGCAAUGAUAACACAGUCCUCGUUGGUGAGUUUGCGCUACGAUCUUAUUUACUGAGGAUUAUUUGGAGUUUUGAAUGAAGCAUCACGGUCUUUCUUAUACAGUGCGUUGCACAAUUAUACGGCCACUCCCGCUGUAUUGCCACCUGGCGCUCGAAAAUAUUUCUGAUUCGGCGACUUCAUUAUCGGAUUCAGGGCACACAGUUACGUAUAUUCGAAAAUUUUCGUACCGAUACUUCAAAAACUGUUCGGACUGUCUUGAUAAAACUGAAUUUAUUCCUCUUGCAACCUUUGCAAAAUUAUACGGCCACCCCAGCGAAUUAUGCGUUUUCACUGUCUGGACCUUUCAUUAAAAAAUGAGUUUAGUAUUUUAGAAAAGACGUUUUAGAGCUAUUUUGUUAUUAUGACGGUUUACAACUUCUCGUAUGACAUGCCAUGUGGCAUUUUAAUACGGAUGUCGGAAAAAUCUCUACCUCGGCGUUCAAGACGGCUGAAUGGUCGAACCGAGUGAUCAGUUGUCAUCUAAAGUUCUUCAGUUUCAUUUCGUGUCCAGUCCCAGCCUAAAAUAAUAAUUUAGAAAGGCCGAGCCAACGUGGAAACUGGAUGUUCGUGCCAAAAGGUUUGCCAUCCCUGCCAUCAAAGUCAAAUGACGGCAUCUAUUAAAACCGUAAGGGUGUCAGAUAAUUCUAGCGGACUGUUAAUUACAAGAAAAUUUUAUCUGAAUGCAUUUAAAAAAUCUUUUCUGCUCAGAAGAUGCCGGCAUUUAACGAGGUUGCAAAGGGCCUAUUUUCAGUUUUUUAAAAUUGUUCGAACAGUUAUUCAGUUAUCGUCACCAAAAUCACCAAAUAUACGUAACUGUGUUCCCUGAAUCCGAUUUUGAAGUUGCCGAAUGAGAAAUAUUCUCUAGCGCCACGUGGCAGUGCACAACGGGGGUGCCCGUGUAAUUUUGCAACCCACUGUAUUAAACAUUCUUCGUAAGACUUGAGCAACGUGUGCCCUAGGAACAGAUUGAUGUAAAUACAGUGCGUGUCAUAUUUUUAGCAAGGAAAGGUAACACCCCCAAGUUUGGAAAAUUCUAAAAAAUCAGAAAAAUUCUGAACAGCACGCUCAAUUCUUUGACUUUUUCGGGAUUUUUUUCAGAAUUGUCCAGUUUCAACAUUUUUUUCCCCUUUUUUAUAUCACACAGAGGGAAUCUCGACAUAAGGAGGGUCAGAUCAUGUCGGUAGCGAGAAUGUAUUCGCACACAUUUUAAAAUCCAAACAGCGGCAUUGGCAAAACAGAAUCACUCGAAAAUUACCGAGCGGUCACCGAGCAGACGCUGAUUAGCCAAAAACCAGUAAUCCGCCAAUGAACAGUCACUGAAAGAGACACUAAGAACUGAAGAAUCACGGUUCGAUUACUGAGAAACACAGUGAGAAAUUAGCGAAGCAUGAGGGAAGCACAAUGAGUGAAAAGUCAGUGAGGAGCUACUAAAGAGACGGCGAUCAUUGAAAACUAAUAGUAGGAUCACUCUCAGAACGAGAAAAACCAAUUCGAAAAACACAACUUUUUCAUUAUUCGUUGGUUUCAGGUACAUACUCAGGAGAAAUAGUUGUGCUGAUGUGCAAUGGGGACUCUAAUUUUACGGAUCGAAAGAAUCUGAAGGUUUGCAAAACGUGAAAUCGUGCGCACAUUAAUGUAAACAAUUUUUUCAGGAACACAAAAACGCAAUAACAGAUAUUUCAACUUGCCGGUAUGAUGAAAUCACCGUCAGCGCAGAUUCGCGUGGAGAACUUAUCAUAUGGCAAAAACCAGUGAAAGGAGUUAAUUCAAGGAUAACAACGAAGUAAGAAAAUAACGAUGAAAAAAACAGCACGUGAGAAACUUUUAAAGGCAAAAUAUUAACGUUAUAAACGUUUUGCGGAAACAAAUAAUCGUUGGAACUUUGAGAGGGCUUGUACAGUACUAUUCAAUCACAACCGGCAAUUUGAUGUGCCAGGUAAAAUGACGCUUCAAAUUCAAUAAACUAAAAAUUAAAAACAUUUUUUUAGGUUAACGCUCAUUCAAGACCUAUCAAUAGUGUUUCUGUCGCUCCUGAAAGCGCGUAUGUGCUGACAUCUUCCGAAGACGGCACGUUCAUCGUAUCUAAACUUCAUACCAGAAAACCACAUGCGUAUCAAGUUUGUCAGGCAACACUUAUCUUUAGAAGUAAUGACUCAUUAAGGUAGAGUGGCGGUAUUCGGAAUGUGACCCCGCUUCACCAAUUGUUGGAGCUCAGUUUACAAAUGGACGUGGAAGUUCUAUAGCAGUCACAACUUAUGAUAGUAACAUAAUGAUGAUGUACAAAAUUGUCAAGAAAACAACAAUAUAG